UUUGAAAUUAUCUUUCAAUUGUGCCGCGGUCGCAUAACAUGAACAACUUUCCGUACAAGCUGGUUGUCGUUAACCAGUUAACAGAAUCUCAGUUGGACGAGUCAGUCAUGACAUGUGUCAGAGGUUAUGUCGACUCUCCAUCAGUUAAUGUCAUGACCGGUGGGGACAAGAGUCUCACGGGGCCAUUAUUCCGCGCGAUGAUCAGGGCCUGUCUGCUCGCCGGAAGAGUAUACAUCGCAAUAGCCAUCGAUACAGGCGCCAUUGCUGGAUUAGCUCUCUGGUUUCCUCCAGGCAAAGUUCUUUGGCAAAAUGAUGCGCAGAAAAAUCUCGGCUUUAAUCAGUUCUUGGAGUCUUUGUCGCCCAAGACAAGAGAAUGGUGGAUUAACACUUAUGGCUCUGCACUGGCCCCUUUUAUAAAGACGGUGCUGUCUCCUCAUACUGUUGAGAGCUCCUGGUAUCUGAAUUGUAUUUGCGUCGAUCCGAAAUAUCAACGCCAAGGAAUCGCCACGAACCUUAUCAAAAUGGUGGAACAGAAGGCAAUGACGACGUCCAUCCUUGCGCUCUGCACUGAUACUGAUACCAAUGUCGCGGUAUACAAGGCGCUCCAUUUUCAAUACAAGGGAGAAGCGCCUCUACCAACUCCAGACGAUGAAUAUAUCAAUGUGCAUUGUUUCUCUAAGCCUGGCGCAAGGGUGUAGGAGUGGCGUUCAACUGUGUUGGCGGGCGUUCUUAUACCUAUCGACAAAUGUACUUUUCAACUCUACAUCGAUCUUUGCUAACCAUAGAAAGAAGGAAGGUUUAUAACCAUCAGUUUUGUUAGAGGCUGCUCA